AUGGGUUCUGGAUUAAGUGCAUUAGCAGCAAAUAUUUCUAUUCAAUUUGGCAAGAACAAUAGCACUGUAUAUCAAACAGGUGAACUUGUUUCAGGCACAGCCAAAUUUUUCAAUGAUGCGCAGAUCGAGCUCAAAUUAAAGAAUAUCAUUGUCGAACUAGUGGGCGAACUCGUGUACACUACCACUCGUGGUUCAAAUUUCUCAAAAUCGACAGAUAUUCAUGUUGUACCGUUUUUUACUGAACGACAAAUUGUACGAUCAGUCAAGACGAAAGAUGAUUUCGUUCUAGAGUCUGGCAUCCAUUCAUGGCCAUUUGCACUUCGUGUUCUUGAUUGUUUACCUUCAACGCUUGAACAAACACGUUAUCAUGGUCCAUUCAUUCGAUAUGUUGUACGUGUUCAAUUGAUUCGAUCUGAAUGGUACCAAAAAAAUAUUCAAAAAGCCUCUUUUAUUAUUGUUCAAGGUCAUUCGUCACCGAUUCCCAUAAUGAAAAGUGAAUAUGAAGAUAAAAAUAGAAAAGAUGUCCAUAUGCAUGCUCGUCUACAAAAGAAUACCGUCAUCGCUGGUGAAAAAUUAUCGUCACCUGUAGUCUAUGAAUGUUUUAUUAUGUUACCAUCGGAUGCAGAAUCUAAUCCCGAACAGAAUGAUGUAGCAUUUAAAGAGAACAGCGAAAAUCUUUAG